CUCACUCCAUGUGUCUGUCUGGCCCGCCUGUGCAUCUGCGCCCAGGCGCUCCCAGCGAGCCGGGGGUCCCUCCCUCCCUCCCUCCACCGGGUGCCGAGCGCGGAUUGCUCCCUGCUGUUCCCGUGUCACCCCCGCGCCCGUCCCCGAGGAGGCGCCUUGAUUGAUGGUGGCUUUGGACCCGCUUCCCCGGCCGCCUGUCCUUGACGUCUAGGAUGGAAGAAGCGGAGCUGGUGAAGGGAAGACUCCAGGCCAUCACGGAUAAAAGAAAAAUACAGGAAGAAAUCUCACAGAAGCGUCUGAAAAUAGAAGAAGAAAAACUAAAGCACCAGCAUUUGAAGAAAAAGGCCUUGAGGGAGAAAUGGCUUCUGGAUGGAAUCAGCAGUGGAAAAGAACAGGAAGAGAUGAAGAAGCAGAACCAGCAGGACCAGCGCCAGAUCCAGGUCCUAGAACAGAGCAUCCUCAGAGAAAUUAAGGAAUUCACACAACUAGAAAGUGGCAGGUCGGGGGCUGGCCGAUUUGACUACCUCACACUACCUGGAAAAUGA